UUCCUGAACAGGAAAGAUACUUUUUGUCAAGGUAUGGAAAUUGUGAAUUACGAAUGUCGACAUUUGAACUGCGGGAACUCCUCGACGGAUCACUUUGGCUCUAUGGGUACCUCUCCAAAUCCUUCUCGGGUUUCCCACGAAUUUGCUUGGUGAUUAGUUGUUGCUACAUACCUUUGUCUCCAGUUUAUUCACGCUGCUUGGGAACAAGUACCAGACAAAAACCAACCUCUUUGAAAUGCACAAAUGACUCGACAGUCGAUUAGGAGCAAAAAAAAAGUUGAUAGUCUCACGAAAAUCCCUAUUAAACUGAAAUCCUUGGCGGAUGGGGUUCUGAUCUCCGACGACGAUCCGUCCGUUACCUACAUUCCCCAAGAAAAGGUCGAUCGAUUUUUGAUUUGAUUUACAUAUUUCUCAUCCAUCCCCCUGAGCAAACCGCGACGAAAAUAGCCAGUCAGCAACCUUGUCGACCCCUCCUGCUCAGCGGGGUUGCAGGAUCGGCUUGCUUGGACCAUCAGUCAUUCCGGUUCGGGACUUUUUCAUUUUGUAUAUUUGUUUUAUUUUUAUCACACCCCAUAUCAAAGCGCACAAGUCAUUGCGAGUGGGGUUUGUAAUCUUGUAUUUUCUUUUGUUUUCUCUCCCUAAUGGCAAAAGGCCGCUGCCGGCCUCGAAUGAUGACCAAGCCGGUGGCGAUGGACUGCGAGUUUGUGUCGUGUCCGAUCACGGCGCUGGCCUUCUUUGAGGUCGACUCUCCCUGCACCCACGAUGAAAAGAGUGAUGGCCGUUUUGGUGGCCACGCGCGGGAAGCAGAUGCAGGUCGCACCUAUCUCCUCGCGGGGGAGGACACGCAGCUCAAGAUCUAUGACGUCGCCUCGGGAUCGCUGUGCGGCGAGCUGCAGGUGUUUACCGCCAGCGUCAUCCACGGCAUCUUUGUCGGCAGCGGAGCCUCGCUAGGGAGCAUACUGGUAUGGGGCGGCUGCUCCGUCACCGUGCUUUCGAGGGCCGUGCUAGAGGAUCUGCUUUCCGGGAGAGACGCGGCGUCGGUGGUUACGGAAGCUACUGCGCCGGACUGGAUAUACGACGGAGCCUUGGCAUCCGUGCUGUCCUCUGUCCGGGGUAAUGUCGAUGGCGUUCUCGUCACGGCCCAUAACGAGGUUGUGGAGUUUCGAAUCGGAAGCGAGCACGGCCACCCAUCAAUCGAGUUUGGCCGUGUCUCAUCACCCUCUCGUCCGAUCCUGUAUUCGGCCAAUGUGCGCUGGCUUGCAGGUGACGUGAUCCUAGUCGCGGGUGGAACCGUUUUUGGCGAGAUAAUUGUCUGGAAUUGGCAUCCCGUAAGGGGCGACUGUGAAGUGCUGUUCGUGCUGGAGGGCCACGAGGGAUCAAUCUUUGGCGUGCACAUCUCGGACGAGCUUAUCACGCCCAGUGGCGACGUUCUCAGGUUACUAGCAAGCUGUAGCGACGACAGGACGGUACGGAUAUGGGACAUCACAGAACGUCAUCUCGAUCUAUCGCCGUCGGGGUUCAAGUCACAGACCGGGAAAUUGGUGGAGGAAGGUCGUGAAACGGGGUUUGGAGGCAAGAAGCAGCUCGAUGAUGGACCUCAGGCAGGCUCUGUGGAGAAUCUGGCCUCUGCCCCCACGGCUUGCUCCAGGAGGGCGUUGGCGGUGGCAAUGGGCCAUAUGUCAAGGAUUUGGCACGUCAAGUUUUCAACUCAGGGGCUUCUUUCACUGUCGGGCAAGGAUGCCGCUCCCAGGACGACUGUCUACUCGUUCGGCGAGGAUGCAACUACGCAGGAGUGGCUGCUUGACUUGCAAGGAGAAUCUUCAGGAACUCUAUCACACAUCAAAACCACGCCCUGCCACAGUGGAAAACACAUUUGGUCUACGGCUUUGUUGGCAUCAACAAAGCCAAAAGGACGUCCGUUGAUUACGACUGGCGGCUCUGAUGGAAAGAUUUCACUGAUCGGAGAUGCUGGCAGUCGAAAGCUGAUGACAGAUGAUGAAACUUCAAGACGCCCAGAUAUAGAUGCUGAGCACGGUGAGCUCGACAACGGCUUAGAUCACACUGCCGUAUCAUAUCUCUUUGCAGACAUCGGGUUGCCUGCCGAUGCGGUUGUACCUGCGCAAGUGGCAGCAAGUGGCGGGAAAGGCGGCCGAGGGGCCGAGACUUUCAAGACCUUUGCAUUUGCAUCGCAGGAUGAGCUUCUCGUCACAUCUACCCUUGGCAACUUGUUCCUUGGAAAGGUCCUUACCGCUGGUCAUGUGUCUUGGUCAAAGGUAAUCAUCACCGACGCAGAGAGGUCUGAUCUGAAGAACUACAACAUCGUUCGAGGUGGUGGUGAUAGUGGUCACCGCAUUUCUUUUAUAGGUUCGGCGACUGGUGCGGUCUACAUGUUCACUGCCGCGCCGGCUCCCCGUCUGCUCAAGGUAGCAGAUCUGGGGAGGAAAAUUUCGGACAUCUUCCCCUUGUCCAGUGAAGCUGGGAGCCUAGUAGGCCUGAAAUCAUCAUUUGGGUCAGAUGGUUCAAUCAAAGUGAUGGUGACUUUACUCGGUCAUGAUGAAGCCUACCUGCUGAGCAUUGUGGACACAGACUUGACAAAAGAAUCCAUUUCUACCGCACGAAUCACCAUUGUACCACUCAGCAGUAGCUGUGUGGUCACAGCUGCCAACAUCUGCAAUGAUACCCUUGUGCUGGGGACCCGAGAUGGCAAUCUCGUCUUUUAUGCGCACUACAGGAUCGAGGGAGACCUUUUUGAGGGGCAGCCAAGUUUUAAUGAGCCUUUGCAAGCAACGACAACUAGCAAAGACGCCAUCACUUCCAUCGUCCCACUCCCAGGUGUUCAAGGAGGCGCCCAAUGUCCCUAUGUUCUAGUCACAUGUCGCGACGGAAAGUAUAUGAUAUACGAGACCACAACUCACCCCGACGGGGGUGCCGAUGGCCCUAUCAAAGGAGAUGGACUGCAAAUCAAGCUCAUCCACGAAUCGUGCCCACCAUUCGGCCCCAUUAUCGCCGAAGCCUGGUUCAAAAAGGCUGCCGACAGCGGCGAACUCGAGCUGAUCCUGUGCGGCUUCCGCAGCAGGUACUUUGUGGUCUGGAACGAAACCCGACAACACGAGAUCACCACUGUCGACUGCGGCGGCGCACACCGGACGUUUGCAUACACCCGAACCGCCGUCGACGGUCCAGACGACUGGGUGCGCUUCGCAUACAUCAAGGCCCAGCGGACGCACAUCCACACGCAGCGGCGGGCUGGCCACGCGGCGCUCCGCAACGGCAUGCACGGCCGCGAGGUGCGCGCCGCGAGCUGGUGCGGAGACCUGCUGGCCACGGCGGCAGAGGACACGACGGUGCGGAUCUGGAAGUACCCGCAGAAUCUCGCGCAGAAGAACACAAGGAGGAAGGAGAUGCGUUGCGUGGCCUGCCUCAACGUCCACACGGCCGGGCUGCAGUCGCUGCAGUGGUGCGGACCCGGAUACCUCGUCUCGAGCGCCGGCAACGAGGAGCUUUUUGUCUGGCGCGUUUCGAGGCUGAAUGACAAGUCCGCAUAUGCUGGUGGGCUGGCUGUCGUGCGCGAGGCUGUCUACCCUGACCGCACGCCCGAUGGGGAUUUGAGGAUAGUCGAUGUGGCUGUUCAACCUGCCGGGGACCAAGCUGCAAAAGGGUCGUUCUUCAUCUCCAUCGUGCUGUCGAACUCGGUACUUAGGUCGUAUGUGUACUCGAAGGAAAAGGGAUUCGAGAUGCUGGCCCAGGGCAGAUACACGGGCGUGUGCUUGACGCAGAUUCGGCAUCUGGAGGUGGGCAGUGGUCAUCGUCUGUGUGUCCUCACGGCGUCGACGGACGGGGCUGCUGUUGUCUGGGAGUGUGCGGCGCCGAGGGACUUCCAAGAUGCGAACACCACGGUUGCUGGAGAGUACGUAACAAGAGGAGUGUACAACUUGCACCAGAGCUCCAUAAAGGGGCUGGAUAUCGGGUCAUUACAACCAGCAGAUGGCGGCAAGGGCUGGGUUGUUCUCACGGUAGGCGACGACAAUGCCCUCGGGGUGCUGCAUCUGGGACCAGUGCCGACCGCGGCCGAUGACGGCAGAAGUUCAACCGGCUCGCGAUCCUGCCGGGCCAUAGUGCGCUCGGCACAUGCGGCCGGCAUCACGGGCAUCCGGAUCGUUGGGUCUCGUGAGGCAGGAAGGGUGCUGUUUGCUGCGACCAUCAGCAAUGACCAGCGAGUGAAGAUCUGGAGGGUCCAACUUGACAGUGGCGUCAAGACCAACGGAGAAGAAGCUGCCACAGUCCGAGUACAGCUGCUCCAGGACAGGUAUAGUGCUGUCGCCGAUGCUGGCGACCUGGAUCUCUUGGAAGGGGAGAAUCCUGACUUGGGUGGAAAGCUGGUGGUUGCCGGAGUUGGAGUCGAGGUUUGGAACGUGGGCUUGCCCUGACCUUUUGGUAGGGAAUCGGCAUGUGAAGGCUGAUAAAUGACGAGGGAUUUCAUGUGAUGAGAGUAACAAGGAUUCACAUACUUGGCUCGGGGGGUUUUGGACGGGCAUAAAGUUGGAAUAAAGAGAUACCCAGGGAAAUAAAAGUUGAGAUAGGUCUGCUACAAGUGCAAAUUUUGUGGAA